AUGAAUUGUUUGCUACUGAGAGUGCAUUUCGGACUUCUGCUCCUUCUUAUUUUUCAUUUCUUCUUGUUCGCUUUCCAUGUUCAAACUGUGUGCAUAUUUCUCCGCAACAAUGCCUUAUCUUGUCAAUUUUGUCAGUUUCCUGUUCCAACUAUGUGCAUAUUUCUCUGCUUCAAUGCCUCAUCUUGUCAAUUUUGUCAGUUUCCUGUUCCAACUGUGUGCAUAUUUCUCUGCUUCAAUGCCUCAUCUUGUCAAUUUUGUCAGUUUCCUGUUCCAACUGUGUACAUAUUUCUCUGCUACAAUGCCUCAUCUUGCCAACUGCAUUCACUUCAUCUCUCCGUCUCUCUAAUUUCUGCGCAACCAAUUUUUGAAGCCCUGCCAUUUUUUAUGCUCUGA